AUGUCGGACAACGAUAAGCCUCAUGAGGAAUUUGUCUCUGACAAGGCAAAAAGCUCAAACACAACCCUUCCAGACGCAGAAAAAGUGACAACUCUGGAUACAGUGCAUAACGAUGAAGCAAUCAAAGUGCUAGCAAACUAUACGGGAGAUGAGACCUGGACGGAAGAGGAGGAGAAAAAGCUGCUGAGACGUAUUGACUGGAAAUUGAUGCCAAUAUUAUGCGUGACAUAUGGCCUGCAGUACUAUGACAAAGCCAUGUAUUCUCAAGCGGCCCUCUUCGGUAUACAAGAAGACCUGGGCUUGAAUGUUGGAAACCGGUACUCCUUUGCAGCCUCGAUCCUCUAUCUGGGGUUCAUUGUUGGGACAUAUCCUGCGAUGACUCUAGCACAGAGAUUCCCUAUUGAACGCGUGGCUUCUAUUAUUAUCACCCUCUGGGGGAUCUGUUUGAUAUUGACUCCAGUUUGCUAUAACUAUAAGGGACUUUACGCGCAGAGAUUCUUCCUCGGCAUGUUGGAGAGUGGGAUUAGUCCGAUGUUUAUGCUUAUUGUGGGAGGCUGGUACAAAAAGAAUGAACAGGCGAUGCGUAUGGGAAUUUGGUAUAGCUGCACUGGCUAUGUCUCUGUUUUCUCGCCACUGAUCAAUUACGGCUUGGGUCAUGUAACCGGAUCUCUUUCCCCGUGGAAGUACAUGUACUUCGUUGCCGGCGCCGUCACUAUGGUUUGGGGGAUCAUUCUCGUCUGGCUUUUACCCGCCGACCCGGUCAGCGCCCCUGGGUUCAACGAGAGACAAAGGUACAUCGCGGUCGCCAGACUACGCGUCAAUAAUUCCGGAGUCCGAAAUAUGCACUACAAAAAUAGCCAGGUCGUCGAGUUACUCAGCGAUCUCAAGUUUUGGCUGAUUUUUCUGGUAGCCUUUCUGAGCAUGAUUGCCAAUGGACCAAUCUCAACAUUCACCCCUAUAAUCAUUGACUCCUUUGGUUUCAGCACGUUCAAUACUUUACUCUUGGUCAUGCCACAAGGGUUUCUCGCAGGCUCUUACCAGCUCAUUGCUCCCUAUUUGGCAUAUCGAUAUUCCGAAAAUGGUGUGCGAUCUUGGAUCGUCUUUACUGGUCAAAUGGUCACCACUCUGGCUGCCAUCUUACUAGUGGCUCUCCCUCUUGAUGCAACGGGUGGAUUACUGUUUGCAUGCUACAUUCUUCCUGCGGUUGGAGGAACGUAUGCUGUGCUGAUGGGUCUUCAAAUUGCGAAUAUAGCUGGGUACACCAAGCGUUCCAUCGCAUCUUCGGGACUCUAUAUUGGAUAUUGUCUUGGCAACUUUACCGGGCCUCUUGUAUACAAGGAUAGGGAUUCACCACGAUACGUCUCCGGUUUCAUCACUGUUGUUGUGACAUCCUUUAUCGCCGGCGUCAUUGUUCUAUGUUAUCGCUGGGUUUGUGUAUGGGAUAAUCGCAGACGUGAUAGGUCUGGCACACUCGAAGGAUAUGAGAAUGCAUACCAGGACGACUUGACGGAUAAAACAAAUCCCCAAUUCAGGUACAUUUUGUAG